CGCCAACUGCCCCUGCUUUUUAGAUGUAUUUUGCUGGAGUUAAGGAACUGAGUGGUGGCAGUAUCGAGUUAUAAUUCACCGAAACGAUGGAAGAAACCGAGUGAGGGAAGCUAUAGGCAGUAUCAGUAGUUCUGUCUCCAUUUUACAGACACUAUCAAGAAAUCAAAACUCAGCGUUUGUUUUUCGUGAGGACGCGGGCACUGGUAGAAACCGCUUCCUAAAAAAGGGUUAUCUGCGUCUUGCUUCCCAUUGCUUGGAUUGCUGUGGUACUUUUCUGUCUUUUUCGGGGGCAUUGUACUUGGCAGUUUUGUCCCUUGUAUCUUGCUACUCUCUGCACUGGAGUUUUUCUUGAUUCCUUUCCCUUUUCAAACCCAUUGAUGAUGGACGAGCAGAGCCGGAUGAUGCAGGCCCGGGGUGUGGGGAUCCCGGGCCACCCAGUUCAGGGGGGGCUUCAAGCCAUGAAUCCCCACCAACUCCACGACACGUCUUCGGACAACGGAGAGACCAGGAAACAGGACAUUGGGGACAUUCUUCAGCAGAUUAUGACUAUCACCGACCAAAGCCUCGAUGAAGCCCAAGCCAAGAAACACGCUCUGAACUGUCACCGUAUGAAACCGGCCCUUUUCAGCGUCCUGUGUGAGAUCAAAGAAAAAACCGGUUUGAGUAUCCGUAGCAAUCAGGAGGAGGAGCCAGUAGACCCCCAGCUUAUGCGGUUGGAUAACAUGCUGCUAGCAGAAGGGGUUGCGGGUCCUGAGAAAGGAGGUGGAUCGGCUGCAGCUGCAGCAGCUGCUGCAGCAUCUGGUGGUGUCUCUCCAGAUAAUUCUAUUGAGCAUUCAGACUACAGGAACAAAUUGGCACAGAUUAGACAGAUAUACCACACAGAGCUGGAAAAAUAUGAACAGGCAUGUAAUGAAUUCACAACUCAUGUCAUGAACUUGCUUCGAGAGCAGAGUCGAACACGCCCCAUCUCCCCGAAAGAGAUUGAACGGAUGGUGAGCAUCAUUCACAGGAAGUUCAGCUCCAUACAGAUGCAACUCAAACAGAGCACAUGUGAAGCAGUUAUGAUUUUGCGUUCCAGAUUUCUUGAUGCCAGGAGAAAAAGGCGGAAUUUCAGCAAACAAGCAACAGAAGUACUAAAUGAGUACUUUUACUCGCACCUUAGUAACCCCUACCCAAGUGAGGAAGCCAAGGAGGAGCUGGCAAAGAAGUGUGGAAUCACUGUCUCACAGGUCUCAAACUGGUUUGGGAACAAGCGAAUCCGGUACAAGAAGAACAUCGGUAAGUUCCAGGAGGAGGCGAACAUUUACGCAGUGAAAACGGCAGUCAGCGUGGCGCAGGGGAGCCACAGUGGAGCCAACUCACCCACCACGCCCACAUCAGCAGGUUCUGGUGGCUCAUUUAAUCUCUCUGGUUCAGGAGACAUGUUCAUUGGCAUGCAGGGUUUAAACGGUGAUGCAUAUCCAGGGUCUCAGGUUGAAUCACUUCGUCACUCCAUGGGCCAGGGGGCUUACAGUGAUGGACUGGGUGGCAAUCAGCUCUACAGUCCUCGAGAAAUCAGGGCAAAUGGUGGUUGGCAGGAGGCAGCCACUCCUUCUUCAGUGACAUCACCAACAGAAGGACCAGGAAGUGUACACUCAGAUACCUCCAACUGAUCUCCUAGCAUUCAUCAUUCCCUUUUCUGCCCAGCGUUGACUGAAAAAGAAGGGUGAUGCAGUUGUACUGUUUACCACCUGCGUGUGUUUGUAAAAAAAAAUCUUUAAAUGAACAGGAAAAAGCUGACUUUAGUCUGGUUGCAGACAAAAAAAUAUCUGUAAUGAUGGAUAUGAAAGGAGACUUAGAAAAGACUGCGAACAAAUUUGACCGUGGAAGGUUAUGAGAUACUGUAAGGGUUCAUUUUGAGAGUACAGUUUAUGAAGCACCCAUUCAUUAAUUCCAGAACACUUUUUUUCAUCAUCUCUGAAUGUCUAAAUGUCAGUUCAGUGGAAUCUAAAACUGAAAAGAUAAAAAUCAGCUUUGCUAGCAUGGCUGACAGUAAAUCAUUUAACUUGCAUCCCUCUGAGCCUUCUGAGCCCAGUGAGGUUUUCUGGAGAGAUCUAGGAGAGGUGAAACAGAGAGAUGUGUGCUGUCAUCGGCUUUCAUUUAAAUCCCCCACGUUCUGUAACAUUAAAGUGAGCAGCUUUGAUUUCUGCUGAAUGCGAACCACCUAAUUCUCGGAUGUUGAGGAAUGCCUGACUAGUCUUCCUUGAUUGUAACAUUGUGGCACUGAAGCAGAUAUUUGCACCAUUGAAAAGGCUUUUGACACUGGUCACGUGUUUCAUUAUAUUUGGGCAUGAAACAGUCUCUGGUACUAAUCAGUGUUCAAGGUUUUGUCUGAAGUUGGAAUCUGGAUAUGAAUCAGCAGACUGAGAGGAAUGCAUUUGUCUUCCUUGUAGAAGGGACUUGAUCUUUGAUACUUCAGAGCUACAUUUCUUCUGCAGGAAUCAUUGCAGCUUUCCUUUGGUAUCUCUCUCUUGCUAUUUAACACUGAUGAACCUUUGAUGCUUCAUCCCCUAAUAUUGAACAAUUUGAUGGUAAAAGGUGGUUUGUGAGAACACUGGUGGAAUAAGUGAGGCAUUUGUGUGAUCGCCUUACUGUGUCUUCUCCAGGGAUUUAGAUGACAAAGCUUCAUUUGUCACUGUUGUAUCUUGGAGGGCAUGAUGACUUAACAUAGUCCAGAACAAGUGACACUUUGUACAUUUGACAUUGUGCAUUUCUUGAAUGCGUGACAAGAAUGGAAUGUCUGAGACGACUAAAAGAGGGACAGCUAGCCCUUCUCCAGAUGAGAAAACACACACACACACACACACACACACACACACACACACACACACACACACACACACACACACAGCAUUUGAUGCACCUGCAGUCUUAAAAAUGAUGCCGACUGUAAGCUUUAAUUAGAUAGGGAUACUUAUGUUUGGCUUGGAUGACCUUUUUUCUCAAUUUUUGGCUACAAUGGAGGUGAUUUAAAAAAAAACUUAGUUCAUUUGAAUGCAAGAGGGUCGCUGUUGCCAAAAAUGUGGUGACCUACACCAAGGUUGAAACCUUAUUGUGGCUUAGUUGUUAGCCAACACCUGGCUAUUGCAUAAAAGUUUUGUUAACACUGGA